AACCCUUUCUCCACACCAUGCUGAAGCUAAAGAAAAUGGAGACAAACAAAACCCUAACAACAUGGUUGCUGUUAUGGGCAUUUGCUGCUGGUUUGUCUGCUGCUUCUUCAAAAUUUCAAGAUGAAAAAAACUUCUACUUCUACUACACUCCAUACCCAAAUACACCCGCAGUUUCCUACCAAAAUCCACCCCCUGCUCAUGCAAGUGAUCCUCCCAUAGUGUAUUACCAAAAUCCACCACCUGCUCAUGUAGAUAAUCCACCCGCAGUUUCCUUACCAUCUCCACCGCCGGCUCAUGCAAAUGAACCACCUGCAGUUUCCUACCAAAAUCCACCCCCUACUCCUCCGUCAGGCGGCAGCACACCGCCUGCUCCUGCAGAGACCCCCCCAUCAUCAGGUAGCAACACACCGCCGGUUCAUCCUACACCUUCUCAUCAUCACGGGCAUGGUGGUCACCAUCAUCACCAUGGACAAAAACCACCUACUAACUGCGACAUUCCACCAACUAGUGGCGUUCACAACCCCACCCCUCCACCUCCUACCGGAUAUCAUUACAGCCCUCCAAGCAGCGGUGGCAGUGGCAGUACUGGCAGUUCUCCUAGUGUCACACCAACUACACCUUCUCAUCCCCCUGUAGUCAAUCCUCCCUCUCCCACCGCGCAUCACAACCCUUCUCCACCAAGUGGUUGCAGUUGUGGAGUUCCGUCAAGUUCCACUCCAACUGGACCAAUCGUAGCUCCCUCCCCCACGGAUUCUCACAGCCCUCCCCCCACACCGGCCUCCGGAUACUACUACUCACCUCCAGCAACUCCUUACUCCAACCCGCCGUCGAAAACUCCUUCCACCACCCCAGGGUCACACUCUGAUCCAUCAACCACCCCACGAUCAAAAACUCCGUCUACUACUCCACCUGUUACUGGUAACACGGUCCCUUCUCCUCCACUUUUCCCAAACAUACCCUUCAUUGGAGGCACAUGCGAUUUCUGGAGAACACACCCACGGUUGCUCUCGGACCUAUUCGGGUGGUGGCGUACGACAAUAGGCCGAGUCAUGGGACUUGACCGCCUUCCUGGAUUCGGGUCAAUCAUGAACUUACAGGAAGCACUUUCAAACACCAGAACCGAUGGCAUUGGUGAACUCUACCGGGAAGGAACAGCUUCUUUGCUCAACUCCAUGGUCAACAAGAACUUCCCCUUCACAACCACCCACGUUCGAGACAGUUUCCUGGCAUCACUCGGUUCAAACAAGGCGGCAGAGGCUCAAGCGAAGGUUUUCAAGCUGGCGAACGAGGGUCAUCUGAUGCCGAGAGUUUAAUCGAUAAUUGUAUCUGUUUUUAUUUUAUCUAGCUUUCUUGUUGUUUGCAUUUACUGGGAUUUCUUGCUAAUUAACAGCUACUGUGAUGUUCUAUUCUAUACCAUGUUUACAUGGAUUAUAUAUCAG